AUGGGGCAAGGCGCAAUCCUCAAUAAUACCGUAGCAAAUUGCCAAAAAGAACUACACGAGAUAGUAAAGAAUGCAAAAAAAAAUAUCACAGAUCUUGUGGAGGAUGUAAGAUCAGCUGAGAGAAAUAUGGUUAAUAUUAAAUCUGCUAUUGAUGAACGACAAUCUCUCAAUAGUGAAACAGAGAAAAAUAUUACAUAUUUCCACACGCAGAUGAUAGAGUACCAAAAGCAAAAUCAUGCGUUUUCUGAAAUGCGCGAUCAAGCGCAGGGUAUUCUUUCUCAGUUAACAGAUACGCUAGAAAAUGUAAAAGCAGAAUUUAUAUCCUUUAAUACAAAAAAACUUGAGUUUGAGAAUACUAAAGAGACUUUGCAUGAGCUGUAUCAUGAUGUAGAAGGAAGGAUAACACAAUGCUCGAAUCAGUUCAAUGAAUUUAUCCAGAAAACACAUGUGGGAUUCGAACAUGUACUAUCAGAUAUGGAGGCAAAGAAAGAAAGUGUAAUAAACAAUUUUAACGCCGAAUUGAGAAAUAACUUUGCACUUGAAAGUAAGCAACUAAACACAGAGUUGCAUGUUGCAUUAGAACAAGCGUACAGAAAGUAUACUGUAAAAAUACGUGCAUUAGAAGCUGGUUUAGAGCGUCAUGAGCACGUAUUCGAAGAGAAAGUUUCAGCCGUGAAUGAAGUGGUGGACAGAGAGGUGAAACGACUGCAAGUGUACAAGGAGUCGGCAGAGAAAGAUAUCAAUCAGUCUAUCUCCAAUAGGAGUUCUUUCAUACAACACUCAUUAGAGCAGAGAAAAAAUGAACUUGAGAAGCAGUAUUCGCAGUUUCACACCCAACAAUCUGCCACCACACUUGAUUUACAAAAGAAAAUAAAGAGCUUGGCAAGGACAUUAGAUGAUAUAUUUCAAGGAAGUCGUAAGCAAUCUGAAGAUCUGAAGGAACAUUUUACCCAAUUUACUCAAUUCCACAAAAAAGAAGUACAUACAAUGGAAAAGAAUAUGGACACUAAGCAGGAUCAGCUUGCUAUGAUAGAAGAGAAAAUGUUGCUUUUAGAUAAGAAUAUAAAGCGUAAUUUUGAAGCAGAGAGCAGUAAGAGAGAAAAAAUUGUAGAAGAACUUUGGAAAGAAGAACGUAUACAUCUACAUGAAAAAUUAAAAAAUCAAAGGGGCGUUCUUACGCAGGCUUUUGCGCGUUCUGAGAAAGAGGCGGAGGACCAUGUUAUCACGCUAAAACAGAAAGCAGAAAAAGUACAAAAGCAACAGUUGCAGGAAUACGAAAAACAACUGACAACUCUCCUUUCCUCAAAUGAAAUACAGGAAACGUUGGAGAGUGGAAAGGUGAAGGUGCACAAUACACUUACACAACUAGAUAGACAAACGAACGAUAUGUAUGCUCGCUCUGUGGAAGAAAUAGCAAAAUAUACUCAGAGUCUUAUUUCAAGAAAGGAAGAAAAUGAAGCAGAGCUGCAAUCGUUGCAAGCAAAAUACAUAAAAGAACAAAAUCAGCUUUGUAGAGAAAGUGCAGCGAGAAUAAUGGAAAUAGAGAAAGAGCACAGGGAAGAACUUGAAGAAAGAAAGAAAAUGCUACAAGGGUAUAUAGAUGAACAAGAGCAAGAAAAAGAACUCAUUAUACAAGGGUAUGAAUCAAGUAUCAAGGAUUUAGGAAAUAGUGUUGAAAAGAAUAUGGAAGAGCAGAAGCGAAUACUUGCAGAUAUGAGUGCGGAACACGACAAUGCAUACACAGACCUUGCACGUGAGACAAGCAAGUAUAUGCAAGAGUUGAAAGAAAAACAAGAAAAAUACACACAAGAGCUACACCAGGAUAUAGACGCUCUUCGUCUAGAAAACGAUGCUACUUUUCAGUUUGUACACAAUACUUCCCAUUUUCUUACUCAAGACAUUCAAAGUCAGAUGAAUGAAGUGAAACGUGAGCAGCAGGUAAAACUACAGCACUUUCAAGAAGAAAUACAGAAAGAUAUUGAAAUACAUAAAGAGAGUAGCAGUGUAAUUGAAAAAAGAUACUCCACUGCAGUAGAGAAGCAUGAGAACAAUUUGACUGCUAUUGAGCAAAGUACUGUAGAAAUAAGUUACGCCUAUGCAAAGAAACAAAGCGAGUUAGAAAAAGAGUAUAGACAAUUCGUAGAUGCACAUGCAAGUGCUAUGCGCUCAUUAGAGCUUUCUCUAAGUGAAGAAAAGAACUCUUUUCUUACGAGAAUAGAAGAUAUGAAAAAAUCAUUACUGCAAAAACAAAAUGUUGAAAUAGAAGCUGUGCGUACUCAAUUCGAGCAGAUAUGUAAUAAAGAACUUAGGCAGCUAGAGCAAAAAUGCAGAGAUAGACUGCGUAUUUUGGAAUUAAAAGAAGAGGAUUUGGCAAAAAGUGCCCAGCAGCAUACUGAGGCAAACAAAAAAGAAUUAGCGCAUUUUGUGCAAUCUUUUGAAAAAGACGGAGCCGAAAUGAAUGCUAACCUUAAUAUAUUACGAGCAAAGCAUGCAGAAGUCCUGUGCCAACUCGAAGAAGAUAAAGGGUUGUUGCAAUCUCUUGCGCAAUUAUCAGAUAAAUUAUCUGAGAAAUAUCUUCAUGUUAAAAAUGAUUUGCAGGAAUUAGAGACGAAACACAAAGAAAGCCAAUCAUAUUCCAAAAAGUUUGAUUCUUUGAAAAAGGAAAAUAAAUUAGAAGAAAAACAUCAGUCAUACGAGAAUGUCAUAAGCAAUGUGGAUGAGGUGUUUCAGCAAAUGCACAAAAUUGAUAGUCAAACUAGUGAGCUAAACAGCACGCAUAAAAGGUUAAGUAAAGAAAUUGAAGAUAUAAAAUCUCACUAUGGAAGUAUAAAAGAGAUACAUUCGUAUAUCUAUGAAAUUAAAGAAAUAGAACCCUCUAUCACACAGCAAUUGGAAAGUGUAAAAAAACACAGAGAGGCCUUUAUUCAUUUAGAGCAGAAAUUACUUGACUUAGAUGAGAAAAUAUCAAAAAAAAUCGGCCUCCUAUCCUCCAUUCAAACAUCAGAUGACACUAAAAGAGGAAGAAGCAUCAUGUCUCCUACUAAACGAUAUGCAAGUUUAAGUAAUGAGGAAAAAACAGAACUUAUAAUAGAGUUACAUAAGCAACACUAUACAAAAGAUCAGAUUGCAAAAACUAUUGGUGUAACAGUAGAUUUGAUAGAUUAUGUGCUUGAUAAAACUACUUUGCACUAA